CUUUCGAAAUUACUCACCUUGCUGCACGGUAUGGGAUAGCAACGGAGUUUCACAGUGUUUCAGCAACUUUUCUGGGCUUUGGAGCUAAUAUCGUGACUAUUGUCCUUGUUGCUGCCAUCGGAGCAGGUAAAAGGAGUGCCAAAGAUGGAAAAAGGGUACCCCGUCUACUAACGGUUUCCUUACAUCUUCUACCUGCAUUGGGUGCAAGCAUGGCACUCUUUGACAUGAUUGUGCUAAUCAAGAAAAGACUUGACAGUUUUCCUGAACCAUAUCAUGAAUGGCUCUUCAGAUUCUCGCAAUUCUCAGUUUGGGCCACCAUUCUGCUGGUCCUUAAGUGUGGGUACUGCUAUGUCAUUUGCUGCAACCCCAUCAUAUGCGUUUGGUGGAUGUUGAAAUUUAUUCUUUUGGUACCCCAUUUACAAAGAGAUUUUUCUUCUCUUCAGGUUCUACUAUGUCUUAAAGAAAGCUGCAGUGCUUUAUUGGAUGUGAGUUUUGCAGUUUUGAUUAAUAUUAUCAGAACUACAGCACGGCCUCAGAAUAGAAGUUCCAUGGAGGAAUUGCUUCUGCCAAGUAAAAUGGACACUGCUCAAGGUCGCUUCGGAGGAGUGCCAAAUGGAAUUAUAUGCAACUGCUGGGACCUGAUAGGAUUCAAAUCUAUCAAACCUGUAAUGGAAUGCGGAGUCAAAAGGCAGCUUGACUUUGAAGAUUUGCUUGAGCUACCCAUUGAUAUGGAUCCUUCAUCCUGCCACACUUUGCUGUUAACUAGCUGGAAAGCUCAAGAAAGAAAUGAAUAUUCUCAUCCUUCACUAAUCAAAGCAAUUUGUCUUGCAUAUGGAUGGCCAUAUUUCCGUCUUGGUCUUCUGAAGGUGCUUAAUGACUGUCUUGGUUUUGCGGGUCCAUUGCUACUCAAUAAGUUGAUUCACUUUCUUCAGCAAGGUUCAAGAGACUAUGAUGGCUAUAUUCUUGCACUAUCCUUGGGCCUUUCUUCUGUCUUGAAAUCGUUUCUUGAUACACAAUAUACUUUUCAUCUUUCAAAGCUCAAGCUCAAGCUAAGAUCCAGUAUCAUGAGUCUUAUUUACCAAAAGUGUCUUUCUGUUAGUUUGGCCGAGAGAUCAAAAUUUUCUGAAGGAGAAAUUCAGACAUUUAUGUCUGUGGAUGCUGAUCGAGUUGCGAACCUGUGUAAUAGUUUUCAUGAUAUAUGGAGUUUGCCAUUGCAGAUUGGAAUUGCUCUUUAUCUGCUGUAUAAACAAGUCAAGUUUGCAUUUCUGUCUGGAAUAGCUAUAACAAUUCUGCUAAUACCAGUUAAUAAGUGGAUUGCAAAUGUGAUUGCAAAUGCUACAAAGAGCAUGAUGGAGCAGAAGGAUGAAAGGUAUGUGGCAGCAACUCUUUAUAACCUUGCCGGAAUUCAUUUUGGUAUAUCACCUCAUAUGGGGUUAUUCCUGAAAUGUUAGUUCAUUCAUCUUCUUUACCUGGUCAGUGCUAUUGGAAAGAUUAAGUGUAUUGGUGCCCAUGUUGAAUAAUCACAAAUUUCUUUUCUAAACUUG